AAACAACUUUUAACGAGAAAUUCAAAGGAUAAUUAUAAUGACAUGCCUUAUACUGAGUAUGUUCUUCGGGCAGCUUUGACUAAUAACCGGUCUUAUCAUCAAAUGCGUUUUACUGAUAAGACAGAAUUUAAGUGGCCCACAGAAUUUACUAUUCAAAAAGAACCCCAAGAAAUCUCUGACAGAUUCGAAAGGACUGAAUCUAUAAAAAACCAAAUACAAGUGUUUAAAAACGAAACUAAAGUUGGAAAAGUUAAACAAGUUUAUAAAAACAAAAAAAGGGAAAGAGAUUGGUGGAUUGAUUCCAACGUAGGCCCCGAAAUUAAACUACGAGGACGUCGCGCGGACGCCCACAGCUCUUCUUUCUAUGUCAUGCUUGUCAAAGGAAAUGACAAUGAAUUUGAAGUCUUACCUCUUCAAAAAAAUUAUAUUUUUAGGACAAGAAUGUGCGAAAAGGAUAUGUCUCUUGAAGAAAUAAUGGAGAAUAGAGACAAAAAAGAAGCAGAGAGGGUCGAAGCAACCAAAAGAUUUGCUGAUAAACUUGAUACCUAUGUUAAACCCAAAACUAAAAAUGUCAAAACGGUCGAAACGGAUAUUGACGAGGAGUACUUUUCGCCUGGAGAAGACGCGGAAGAUGAGAAGCCCUAUUCUCUAGCGAAAAAAGGGAGUAAAGUUGAAGAGAAGAUGGAAUCGGAGGAGGCCUACAACUAUAAUGCCACUUUCACGGACGAUGAAAGUGAAAAGGAACAGGAGAGCGAAAAUUAUGAAAAAAAAACACCGCAAGUGGCAUCAGCAGAUAACGAGUCAACUUACUUUGAAGUGGAUGCCAGACAAAAUUUCCAAUUGGUUAAUGUGAAAGAAGACGAAUUACUUACUCCUCAACUUGUUACGGAUUGGCUGCAGCAUCGCCCCAAUAAGAAAGAGUUGUUAAAAUUUUUUUCGCGUCACUUGAAACUUCAUGGUUGCGAGGACAAAGAGACUCAAAAGCUAAAACUUAAAGAAAUCCUUAAGGAGAUUGCAAAGUUCGAGAAUAAUUUAUUUGUGCUGAAAAAGGAAGUCUGAAAAGUAAAAUUUUCUGUU